GAAGAGACAAUGGCAGGAGCUUGGAGGGCCUUAGCGCUGGUGGUGGGUUUGACCAUCACGGCCUGUGCAGCCCGCCGCCAACUGAACUAUGGGGACAUUAUCAAUCAGGCCCUGCAGGCCUUUAAUCAGGGACAAAGAGGAAGGCCCCUCUUCCGCCUGCUAGAAGCCACCCCACCGCCCAGAUUGAACUCCACCUCAACAAUCCCUCUCAACUUCAGGAUUAAAGAGACUGUGUGCCUUUCAAAUGACCGGAGACCACUUCGAGAAUGUCCUUUCAGGGCGGGCGGGAUGGAGCGAAACUGCACUGGCAGCUUCUUCAGGCGGGGGCUUCGCCGCACCCUGACGAUCGACUGCACCAGCGACUGCCCGCGAGCGCAAGAGGUCCUCCCAGAGAGGAGCUCUGUCAACUACUCCGAGGAGACCCCUCCGAAGACCGAGAGCCCCAAGCUGCCACCUGUGGCCAGGGACAUAUUUUAGAGAGCCAAGUACAACAUCAUCUCCAACAUCCUGAGGAAUAUCUAGGGCCGGAGAAUGGAGGGGAGACCCUGCACCCCUACUAUGACCUCCUGUUCCCCACCUAUACACCUCCCUCUGCUGCCCCAGAGGGUCCUCAGCCCCUUCUUUCCUGCCCAGUCCAGUAAUGCCACCUUUUAGGGAGCCCUUAAGGCCCUGAGUUAGUCCACACUCUUCUGCCUUUGCACAUCCGCUUCCCGCUGCCUGGAAUUCCUGUCCCAUCCUGUUCGGGAAUCUUACUCAUCCUCCAAGGCACAGCCCAAAAGGCACCUCCUCCAGGAAGCCUCCCCUGUCCUCUCUGGGCAGAGGCAUCCUUCCUUCAUCUGGGCACUCGUGAUCCUUGAACCAACCUGGCAUUACCUCCUGGGUCCCUCUCAGGCAGCACUGUGUCUGCUCACAGCUGGGCCCCCUUAACCAACUGCAGGUAGCUGUGCAAUUCUCAACAGGGUGCUCCUGGCAUCCUAGGGGGGUGGUACCUUUUGUGCAGGACCAUAAGCACUCCUGCUCCCUACCCAGUCCCUGUGACAACCAAAUGUCCCUUCAUAUAUCCAAGUUCCUCCAAGGCAGUGAGGCCACUCUCGGGUGAGAACCACAGGAGGGAGGCUCAAUAAAACA